GGAUAUUGUAUAGUAUAAAGGUUGGUUCCCGCCAUUGUGUUUGGCGGCAGAAUCGGAAGAGCUAGGGUUCAGACAUGGAAAUGGAAGUAGGCGUGCUUCUGAACAACACCCUGAGCGCCGAUAGUGAAGUUCGGCGUUCUGCCACACAAGCUCUGGAGGACCUCUGCUCCAGAGCCGAUUUCCCCUUCACUCUAAUCUCCAUCGCAAUUGAGAAUCAAGGUCAAAGUAUAGCUAUAGCACUAGCUGCUGCAACCUACCUCAAGAACUUCACAAGGCGGACUCCAAUUGCCUCCAAGGACUUUAGAGACGUUCUCGUGCGCUCUUUGCUCCAAGCACAGCCUCCGGCACUCUUGAAACUCUUAGUUGAAGCCUUUCGUCCUAUUGUUGAUGCUGAGUUUGUGAAGCAUAAUUCGUGGCCUCAAUUGGUACCUGAGCUCAGAUUGGUAAUUCAAGAUAGUGACCUCGUCGUCAAUAACUCCAGAUGGAAGACCGUCAAUGCUCUUACACUUGUCCAGUCACUUGUCAGGCCAUUUCAGUACUUUUUGAAUCCCAAAUUAGCAAAGGAGCCCGUUCCACCUCAACUUGAGCUAAUCACACAAGAAAUUCUGGUACCUGUCGUUUCUUUACUUCAUCAGUUUGUUCAACACCUUUGUAUUCAACAUAAACCUGCUGCUGCUGCUGCUGCUGAUCUGGAAGUGGAGAAGAGCCUUGUUAUAAUCACCAAGUGCAUCUAUUAUGCUGUGAGAUCGCAUAUGCCAUCUACAUUGGUUUCUCUGCUUCCAUCCCUUUGCCAUGAUUUAAUUCACAUCCUCCACUCCUUAGAGUUUCAAGAUGGUCCCUCGUCAUACACUCUGAGGUUCAAGACUGGGAAGAGAAGUUUGCUCAUUUUCUGUGCCCUUAUCACCCGACAUAGGAAAUUUUCUGACAAACUCAUGCCAGACAUCAUUAAUUCAGUUGUCAAACUACUCAAUCAUAAAAUUGACUUCAGUAAGCUGGAUAAUUUGUCAGAGAGGGUUGUGUCUUUAGCUUUUGAUGUUAUAUCUCGACUCCUUGAAACAGGCCCAGGAUGGAGACUUGUUUCACCACACUUUUCGUCUUUGCUAGAGUCUGCAAUAUUUCCAGCAAUAGUAAUGAAUGAAAAGGAUGUUACAGAGUGGGAAGAAGAUUCAGAUGAGUACAUAAGAAAGAACCUCCCUUCUGAACUUGAAGAAAUUUCGGGAUGGAGAGACGACUUAUUCACGCCAAGAAAAAGUGCAUUGAACUUACUUGGUGUUAUUUCAAUAUCCAAGGGGCCUCCUGUUGUGGGUUCAGUGACAUCAAAGCGUAAAAAAGGUGAAAAGAGCAAACAAAAAGGUCGCAGCUGUAUGGGGGAGUUGUUGGUGCUCCCGUAUUUGUCCAAGUUCCCUAUUCCCAACAAUGUAACCAACAAGACUAUAAAUGAUUAUUAUGGCGUUCUGAUGGCAUAUGGAAGCCUCGUUGAUUUUCUGACAGAGCAGAGACCUACAUAUACAUGUAUGCUAAUUCGGUCGCGGGUCCUACCUUUAUACGAUGAAUCUUGUUGUCAUCCUUAUUUGGUUGCGUCUGCCAACUGGAUACUCGGAGAGCUUGUUUCCUGUAUACCUCAAGAGAUGAGCUCUGAUGUGUAUUCAUCCUUGUUAAAAGCCUUGGUAAUGGAAGACACAGAUAUUUCAUGGUACCCCGUACGAGUAUCUGCAGCUGGUGCAAUUGCUCAACUUGCGGAGAAUGAAUUCUCUCCACCCGAGUGGUUACCAGUUCUACAAAUUGUAGUUGAUAGAAUUACAGGAGACAUUGAGGAAGAAGAAAUGUCCAUUAUGUUUGAGCUUCUUAAAACAUUGGUUGAGGCUGGAGCUGAUGUUGCUCCUCAUAUCCCACAUAUUAUAUCCCUGUUGGCUCAACAUGUUAUAAAAGAUAUCCCUCUUGUUCCUGAGCCAUGGCCCCAAGUGGUUGAGCGAGGUUUUGCAACAUUAUCAUUUAUGGCUCAGUAUUGGGAAGGUUCUUUGCCUGAUGAUGUUGUGGUUGCUACUGGGCGAUCCACCAUUGCCAAAGCUUUUACAGAUCUCUUGCAAGUGGCUUGGCGCACAUCUCCCGCUAAAAAUAAAAGUGAGGUUCCAGAAGCUCCCCCUUCAUGCUGCAUAGAUGAUUCAUCAACAUUACUAACAUUCAUCAUGUCUGAUGUUAAUGAAAAUGAUACUGCUCAGAAGCUAAUCCUCUCAAAACUCUUACUAGUCUGGGCCGGUCUGAUCUCAAACUGGGAUGGCUGGGAGGAGGAAGAGGAUUCAUCUAUAUUCAGUUGCAUCAAAGAAGCUGCUUAUCUGCACAGGAAAGUGUCUUUAAUAAACUUCAUUCACGGGUCAACAAGUCAACAUUCUAUUCUUGAAGGAAUUUGUGGGUUUGUCAGCAACGCCUUUUCACAUUAUCCCUCUGUGAUCUAUAGAGCCUCGUCUUCUGUUCACAUACUUGUAAAUCUUUUGACUUGCUCACCUGAAGACCAACAUAUAAUGCAUGCAGUAACUGCAUCUUUCGUCCGGGCUGCAUUUUCUUGUUUCAAAGAGAACCAAUUAAAACAUUCUCCUAUUUGGAAGCCAUUGCUGCUUGCUAUAUGUUCAUGUUAUUUAUGCUAUCCUGAAAUUGUUGAGACUACAUUGGAGGAGGUUCAACAUGACGGCUUAAUAGCCUGGGCGAAUGCUCUUUUCUCCAUUUGUUCAACUAAGUUUGAACAUGGACUAUCAACUGAGUCUGAAAUGAAGUUAACUGUAAUGACAGUAGCAAAAUUAUUGCCGGCUCUGCAUAUGAGGAACCAAAUCAGAGAGGGGUUGUUGGGGGAGUGCUUGGCUGCUACGAUGGAAGUCUCUGUGCGGUUGAAACAAGUACUAGAAGAGGGUCAAGAAAAUGAUGAUGAGAAUGCCAGCGAUGAAGACAAUGACCAAGAAGAUGAUGAGGACUCGGACGAUGAUGAUGACGAUAAUGAUGAUGACGACGAUGAUGAUAUACAUGAAGAAACCGAAGAAGAAUUUUUGGAAAGAUGUGCACAAGCAGCUAUUGACUUGGAAAAUGGGACUGGUGUGGAAGAAGUGGAUGAGGAAGACCAAGAGCAAGAAAUAGAAUUAGGAGAGUUGGAUGAAAUUGAUGCGCUAAACAUCGUGCAGUUGUUGAUAGAAAAGCAUCACCAAAUACUUUUACAAGGACCAAAGAUGCCACAACUUGUUUCGAGCUUUGUAGAUGCCUUUCCUGAAAGUGCCAUCUUCUUCAAGCAGUAUCCGCUAUAGGAUUGUCUACUAUGGAUCUUGGUUUCUUAUACCAUUUUUGUGUUUAAAGUGAAAAAAAAAAAAAGACUUGUUUUUGAAGUUGGUGCGUGUGUGUUAUUUUUUAGUUUUAUUUUUAUUUUUUAUGUUGGAAUAUGAUGCUUGUCUUUCAUAUUUGCUCUUAUCUUCCUCUGUUUCUUUUGACCUCCUCAUGAUACACAAAUCUUAUAGGUUUAUUAAGAGUGCUUGAUGAAUGAUA